CUCCCUUCCUUUCUGCCAUUUUUUUCUCUCUCUCAUCGGCUGCCUACGACCGGUCUCCCAUUGAAAUUUACGCGACAACGACGGUGGCGACUCGACUUCAGUGCGUUUUCAAUGACGCAAGUAGUCGCGACCACCGCUCGCCGUUGUGGAUGACCCAGAAUUUGGCCCAAGGAGAAGCGCACAUUGCGGUACGGGACUCCGCGGCGGUUCUCUAAAAGUUACCGUCGAUCGCCCAGCGGUGGUGCUUACGCAACUGCGAUUGUGCGCGGCCCAGCCCCAUCGUGCCAACCUUGGUCGCGUUGGAUAUUUGUGCGGAAACUGCAGCGGAUUUCAAACAACACGCCUUUGCACAGCAGCAGCGGAUCAGUGCUCUCCGCCGAUCAGGUCGCCGCAGUCGGGUACGGCACUGGGGCUGCAUGUAGCACGGACCCCCCCGCCAACGACCGUGCAUCUUUCUUGGAGCGCGCGCCGGGAGCGCGGCAGUAGCGCCAAGGAUCACCGCGCUCCACCGAUCCGGAUGCAUCAGGCGGCCGCCGUCGCGCCGUCCCUACCCCUGACAGGGACGAUGUCUCCGUGAGGUCGACGGCAGAGGCUCAUCCCGAGGACCUCCCCACUCCCUCCCCCGCGGGGUCCUCCUCCCGCCUGCCUCCACAUCGCCGUGUGUGGCGCGGUCGCGCGCCGUUGGGUGUUGGCGACGCCAUGGCCCUCAACAUCGGCAUCCUCCCCCACCUGCUGGGAGCCGCGGCCAACAACCUGAACAACAACCUGAACAACAAUAACAAUAACAACGGCCUCUCGCGCAACGCCGGCGGCGGUAGCAGCAACAACAGCGGCGGCGGGAACCCGAUGAACAGUGUCCGGGACAGACUGUUCCACGCUCUAUUCGUGCGCGUGGCGCUGGCGUAUGCGAGCGCAGUGCCCCCUUCUGUGCGGACUUUGUUCGAGUACAUCACCCUGCUUAAGGCUCUUCUAUCAUUUUUCAUCCUGGCAUACAUCCACGCCGCCUUCAUCCGGACACCAAUCAACUGCCUAGAGCAUGUCUGCCAUCAGUGGCCGCAGGACGGCAUCCUAAGGAUCGAAAUUAUUCACGACUCGGCCUCAUCUUCCGAGCCGUACACCGUGGAGCAGUCCUACCUCAAAGAGCAGCGACUACAGCGACUGGGGCAGUUGCCUACGCAGCCCCAAGUGCGAACGUCGAGCAGUGGUGUGGAGAAAGUAAUUUCGACCCCGCCGCUCGCCAAUGUCUCGAACUCUACGUCGAGUGACGUGCAGGACGAUCAGGUGGCUGAAAGGUCGGCGAGCCCUGGUUCGAGUGGCCAGGACUCAGGGGACGACUCUAAUGGUGUGCCAGAGGCGGACGAAACCCUGCCACUGCUGGGUAGUGGCCGCCACCUAAAAGGCGUGAAAGGUGGGGGUUCGCAGUUUGUCUACUACGACGGGGUGUCAAACGGAAGCCAGGACACGCUGCUAAAUGUAGAUGGAAAUGGAUACCCUCAGCCACUCCAGGAGCCCGUGUCUGAACUUGAAAUGCUAGCCAGAGCUGUGUGGCCUCAGGAUGAGUACAUAGUUGAGUACUCCCUGGAGUACGGACUCCUCAGGCUCAGCCCAGCAACACGUCAGAAGCUGAACAUCUCCGUCAAGAUUGUCACGCUUGAUCCAGCCAAGGAUGGCUGUUUCGGUGACUGGUUCAGCCGGUUUCUCCUGGACGGUUUUCUGGGCUACGAUGACGUUCUUAUGGCGAGUCUGAAGAACCUUGCCGAGCGAGAGGAAAACAAAGGCUAUGUAAGAAACGUGGUCACGGGCGAGCACUACCGAUUCAUCAGCAUGUGGACCAGCCGGACAUCUUACAUUGCAGCUGCUUUCAUCAUGCUUGUUUUUACACUGUCAAUCUCGAUGCUGCUCCGGUACUCCCACCACCAGAUAUUUGUCUUCAUUGUUGAGCUACUGCACAUGCUGGAGUUCAACUCGACGAUCAACUUCCCGGCCGGGCCUCUGCUGACGGUCAUCCUGGCGUUGGUCGGCAUGGAGACUAUCAUGUCCGAGUUCUUCAACGACACGACCACCGCCUUCUACAUCAUCCUGAUCGUGUGGGUCGCCGACCAGUACGACGCCAUCUGCUGCCACACCGCCAUUACCAAGAGGCACUGGCUCAGGUUCUUCUACCUGUACCACUUUGCGUUCUACGCGUACGACUACCGCUUCAACGGACAGUACAGUGGAUUGGCCCUGCUGACCUCCUGGUUCUUCAUACAGCACUCGAUGAUCUACUUCUUCCACCACUACGAGCUGCCGUCGAUCCUCCAGCGCUCCGGCGGCCUGGAACAAGGCGAGCCGGCCCGCGCCGGCGCCACCAACGGGGCGGCCGGCACCGAGGCGUCGGCCGCCGCGGGAGCCAGUGGCGGCCCGGCCGGCGGUGGCGGCGGCACGCAAAGCUCGGCGACCGCAUCGCAGCAGCAGCAGCAGAACCAACGCGCCAACGGCGUGAGCGGGCCGUUCCACUCGACGACCGUCCGCUUGAACGGCCACGGCGCCAUCGCCAUCCAGCAGUCGGGCGACGCUCCGCGCGUCGCCUUCAUCCGAACCGUAUACAUCGGCAACCUGCUGAACGCGGCCACGCUGGGCGCCGCGGCUACUGCGUCGCAGUCACCGAACCAGCAGCAGCAAGAGCAGUCCCAGUCACCGCAGCAGUCUCAGCAACAGCAAACACAGCAGUCGCCGAACGACGGCUCGAGGAGUGGCGUCGAGGAGGCUAACACGAGGAACGGCGAAGGGGACGUCGCGCUCGCUCCGAGCGGUCGCACCGACGGCAGUGCGGAGGUGAUCCAGACGUCCGACGACACGUCGGAAAACUCGACCAAGCUGGCGAACGUCGGCGACAGAGUGGCGAAGGAGCGCAAGGAGUCGACGUCUUCGUCCUGCGAAGACCUCAAGGGCGAAGGGGACGCGGCGUCUCAGAACGACGAGACGACCGGGCCGGAACCGGAGCCAGAACCUGCUGUUCCUGAUGGUCAAAAUAGUGCGCCCAGCUCGGAAGACCCGCUGGCGUAGUGCCAGGUGGUAGCGGUCUUUUUUUUUCCUGUCUUUUUUUUAAGUGUUUUGUCGUGUGUGGAGUGGACCACUGAAAUAUCGCCAGCCCUGUGGGCUUAUGUGACGCACCGGGUCAAGUUAGUCUAGAGUGAGGAAUCAUGUUAGCCCUAGGUGCAAAGUCCAUGCCGACGUGCUCUGGCGAAAUGUAAUUUUGUCACCAGCAGCUGCAGCAUUGUGUUCUGUGUUCGUUUGGUUUGCCUAGCUCUUGGCACACGGACUCUGUUCAACGAGAAACUUCUGCUGGCAACUGUGAGCAAUUGUGACUACACUAAUAAGAGCAAGUGCGAACUGUGGAGAUACUGAACAGCGACGUGUCGAUGCUUUGCGAUGUCUCUGUCCUCGGAAUGGGGCACAUUGCUGACCGCUUCGGCUGCCAAACUGUGAAUCCCUGUCGUGGCACUAAUGUUGAGCACUUCAGAGACAAGUGCUGCUGUUUUGUAUGGCCAAGGUGCGUGACACCGCUUACCCAGUCAUAGGCCGUACGCUGUUGUACAAAGUUGAAGAAAUGCCGACGCUAUAGUUGGGGCUGUGACCGAUGUAGUAGAGUGCAGAAACUGAUGACGGUCCUGGGCCUGAAGUUUGAGGUCUCGGUUGGGAUCCAGCGCUAUAGGUAUGUCUAUCGUGGUGUAUAAAAGUGGUGGUAUUGCUCUA